AUGGCUUACCAGGAUGAGGAGUACCCCGAGCAGCCACUGUGGCAGUCCGUGCUGGUCUUCUGCUGUAAGGGGAUGAUCGAGGGCAUCGUUGUCUUGCUCUUCGUCUGGCUGCUGGUGCAGGUCCUGUUCACCAAAGAUCUGGAAGUGCACCUGAUUUUCCUGCUGGGGGUAGGCCUGGCUGUCUUCUGCCUCAGCCUGGUCCUGGGCUGCGUCCUGUGCUGGUGCUGCAGGAGGGUCCCACAACCCCAAGACAAAGAGUCUGUGAUGUCAUUUCCUCUUGAGCCUGGGGAUCACGUGAGCCCCUCCCCCACAGCUGAGCCCCUCAGCUUGUCCCCCUCAGUUGAUGCCACGUCCAUCAAGCAGGAGUAUGAGGAGCUGGAUGGGGACACCCUGGAGCUCCCCUCCCCCUUCAGUUGCUCCACCCCCUCUGAGACUGACUCCGCCCACUUGCCUUUCAUCCCGCGCCCUCGCGCGGCCUCCGAGAUGAACGAGCACCCCAAGUCCUUCUUUCCACUGCGCCGCCUCGGCACCUCCACAGCUUCUUCCUCAAAGGUCAUGGUCCACAGUCGGUCUUCACUGCCCUCCCUCCCCAGGCUGGGCUUGUUCUCUAUGACACGGCGGGCGCUGGAGCGCCACUGCACGGUGACGAGCGACAGCUUUCUACACAGCGAGCGCACCAGACUGACCAGCCCCAUCCUGAGUACUCCCUCCACCGACUCUGUGUUCCAGCCCCAGGUCCCACCUCAGGAGCUCUCUCUGCCCCACUACGGCUCCAACUCCAGCUGUCCAAAGGCAGCCUCUCAAAUGUCCUUCACCCUCCUCUUCUCUCCAGCCAACGGCACUCUGACAGUCCAUAUCCUCAGCCUGUCGGGUGUUUCUCAAGGUGGAAUGGGUAGGGUUUCAGUGCAUGCCAGCCUGCCCCCUCUUUGCCCCGCCCCUCUACAGGUAUUAAUCCGGCAACCCAGCCUCAGCCCUGACUUCCAGAGCCAGAGCUUUGUUCUGCAGGUGGGUUCGGUGGAGGAGCUUCGCAGGUGCACACUGCAUAUGGCUGUCUUCAUCCAGGACCUUUCAGGCCUGAGGGAAGUGCCGCAGGGGGAGCUGGAGCUGCUGUGUGGGGAAGUAGACUGGGAACUUGACCACACCAUCACCUGUACCAAGGAGCUCAGCCCAGCCAAGUACAGACUUAAAAAGGCCUGGAGUUCUCUUGAUGCAACAAGUCAAAGAGGUUUGGCCAGCACUCCCAGGGUUUCAGGUCAACUCUUUAUCCUGUUGCAGUACCAGGCACUGGCGCAUCGCAUUAAGGUCAUGGUCCACAAGGCUGAGAACCUGACCAAGCUGACCCGAAUGCCGGGGGCACCAGAUCACUACGUCAUAAUCAACCUCCGUCAUGAGGGCACAGUGAUUACCACAAAUGAGACCAAAGGAGCUGGUGGAUGCAAUGCAGUGUGGAACACCCCCUUCCUGUUUGACCUACCACCUGGGGAUGUCAGUCAGCUGUCUAUUGUCCUGGAGUUCAUUGUCAUGCAGGGGAGGGUCUAUUCAAAGAGAAGCAUGUUAGGCCGUGUCCUCAUUGGUAGGGAGGCCCCAGAGGUGGGUCAGGCCCACUGGAGGGACAUGUGCAGCCAGGAGCAAGUAGAAACAGCACGCUGGCACACCAUCCAGCCAUAA